AUGCCGAUCUCCUCUGUUGCAGAAGGAGGAAGUAAAUCAUUCACAAUUUCACUUUCUUUGCUCAUAAGCAUUGAAAUUUUACUCUUUGUAAAUGGCUUAGCAGGAUCUCCGCCAUUGCCAACACCUUCAGCGUGCGGGCGCGCCCCCUACAAAGCAGCUUGUGAAUACAUGCUGUCAUCGGCGCGUACUGCUCAUCUCCCCCAAAACCCGGGGGAGGUCUUUGACCACUCGGUCAAGUUUAGCAUGAGCCAGGCCCUCUCGGCUCGAGCCAUUGCCUACAACCUUAGCCUUUACUACGCAAAGGCUCACACCCAUACCCACUUGCUUGACAGCAUGAACGACUGUCUCGAGCUGCUCGACGACAGCCUAGACCAGCUCACCAAUGUCGUCAACCGCAAGAAAAUGACCGACGACAGCACUGAUGACGUGCAGACGUGGCUCAGUGCUGCUCUUACCAACCAAGAAACCUGUCUCGAAACCCUUGAAAACCGUAAGUUUAAGGUAGAGAAAGGGGUAAUGAAUGGUGCGGCUCAAAAUUUGAGCCACUUCAUUAGCAACACCCUCACACUUUACAUGUCUAGUAAGCCAAAGGGCGGGGCUGCCGGCGGCCAUCGGAGAUUGUUGUCCGAUGGUUUUCCGGCGUGGGUUUUGGCGCCGGAGAGGAAACUUUUAGAAGCUUCUGUUGGAGAGAUAGAAGCAAGUGCAGUGGUGGCUAAGGAUGGGAGUGGGACGCACAAGAGCAUAGGUGAGGCAAUUGCUUUUGCGGUCUCAUUGGCAGGCGAGGGUAGGACUGUAGUUCAUAUAUCAGCUGGGGUUUAUCAUGAAAAUCUUAAGUUUUCCACUAAGCAAAAAAACGUUAUGUUAAUUGGGGAUGGAAAGGGCAAAACGGUCAUUGUCGGUGACAGGAACUAUGAAGAUGGCUGGACAACUUUCCAGUCUGCAACUGUUGCCGCCAUGGGAGACGGAUUUAUUGCUCGAGACAUUACGUUUGUGAACAGCGCCGGCCCAGCAAAGCACCAAGCCGUUGCUCUUCGUGUCGGAUCCGACAAGUCAGUGAUCUUCCGAUGUUCCAUCGUCGGUUACCAAGACACACUCUACACUCACUCCAAACGCCAAUUUUAUCGAGAAACCGACAUUUAUGGGACGGUGGAUUUCAUAUUCGGAAAUUCCGCAGUGGUUUUCCAAAAUUGUAACAUAUAUGUGAGAAAACCUUCGUCUGGGCGAGACAAUUUCAUUACAGCACAAGGCCGGACAAGCCCAGAUGAAAAUACAGGCAUUUCUAUCCACAACUGCAAGAUAUCGGCUGCAUCCGAUUUCGCUCCUGUGAAAGAUAAGUUUUCUACAUAUCUGGGAAGGCCAUGGAAGCAAUAUUCUAGAACAAUAAUCAUGCAAUCCUUUUUAGAUGACAUAAUACACCCGUCAGGAUGGUCACCUUGGUCCGGAAAUUUUGGGCUUAAAACACUAUAUUAUGGGGAAUACAUGAACUCGGGUCCUGGAGCCUCCACCUCCGGUCGGGUCAAGUGGCCGGGUUAUCGUGCUUCACUCACGUCCAAUGAAGCUCAGGGUUUCACCGUUGCUGGCUUCAUCGCAGGACAUCUUUGGUUGCCCUCCACUGGGGUGUCGUUUGAUUCGGGACUACUUGGGUGACAAGCGAAAACCCAAACACAAUCUAUAUAUGUUGGUUUUUCUUGUUCUUUGUUCUGUAGUACUUUUCAAAAACGAAGCAUAUAUAUAUACUUGCGUGUAUGUAUGUACAAAUUACAAUACGUGUAUUGUGUUUAGAUUUUACUUUUCAGCAUGGAAACAAUA